GUCGCCUGUAGGGGGCGGACGGACGCUCUGUCUCUUCUCUCACGUACGGCGGCGGUGGCGGUGAGGGUGUGGACGUCCCCCAACAUUCAGUACACUGGAGACAACACAACGCUGCUAAUAACUUCUGCUUUCUAACUGCAUAACACCGGAACAGGCGAAUAUAUCUGGGUUUCUGGAGUACCAUUGAGCAUUUCCCAUUGUGUCCCUCACUGUCCCAGAUGAGGGACUGAUGCUGACCAAGACUCUCCUGAAUCCCUCGGGCCACCUCUCUCAACUGCCCCAGUUUAGUUCUGCAUCUGCUUCCACGGGUGCACCUUAAGAGAACAAGAACACUCCAGCCAAAAUGGAUGACAUCUUUACGCAGUGCCGGGAAGGCAAUGCAGUAGCAGUUCGCUUAUGGUUGGAUAAUACAGAGAAUGACCUCAACCAAGGAGAUGACCACGGCUUCAGCCCUCUCCACUGGGCUUGCAGGGAAGGCCGCUCCAGCGUGGUGGACAUGCUCAUCAUGAGAGGAGCUCGCAUUAAUGUCAUGAAUCGUGGAGACGACACGCCUCUGCACCUGGCCUCUAGCCAUGGACAUCGAGACAUUGUGGGAAAGCUGAUCCAGUGCAAAGCGGACACAAAUGCAGCCAAUGAACACGGGAACACACCACUGCAUUAUGCCUGCUUCUGGGGCCAAGACCAAGUGGCUGAGGACCUUGUGACUAAUGGGGCUCUGGUGAGCAUCUGUAACAAAUAUGGGGAAACUCCUCUGGACAAAGCCAAACCUCAUCUGCGUGAACUUCUCAGAGAAAAGGCUGAGAAAAUGGGACAGAACCUGACAAAAAUUCCCUUCAAAGACUCGUUCUGGAAAGGCACCACCAGAACUCGACCUCGCAAUGGCACUUUGAACAAACAUGCAGGCAUUGACUACAAACAGCUCUCUCUCCUUGCUAAAAUAAAUGAGAACCAGUCAGGAGAGCUGUGGCAAGGGCGCUGGCAAGGAAAUGAAAUUGUUGUUAAGGUGCUAAAAGUUCGUGACUGGACCACAAGGAAAAGCAGGGACUUCAAUGAGGAGUAUCCCAAACUCAGGAUAUUUUCCCACCCGAAUGUCCUACCCAUGUUGGGAGCAUGUCAGUCUCCUCCCGCCCCUCACCCCAUCAUCAUCACACACUGGAUGCCUUAUGGCUCCCUCUACAACGUGCUGCAUGAAGGCACCAACUUUGUGGUGGACCAGACACAGGCAGUGAAGUUUGCGCUGGACAUUGCUUGUGGAAUGGCUUUCUUACACACACUUGAGCCCAUGAUCCCUCGCCACUAUCUCAACAGCAAGAGUGUUAUGAUAGAUGAAGAUAUGACAGCCAGGAUCAGCAUGGCAGACGUCAAGUUCUCCUUCCAGUGUCCUGGCAGGAUGUACUCGCCCGCAUGGGUAGCCCCUGAGGCUCUGCAGAAGAAGCCAGAAGACAUCAACCGGCGGUCGGCAGACAUGUGGAGCUUUGCUAUCCUGCUGUGGGAGCUGGUGACCAGAGAGGUUCCCUUUGCUGACCUAUCCAACAUGGAGAUAGGCAUGAAGGUUGCCUUGGAGGGUUUGAGGCCCACUAUCCCCCCUGGCAUCUCACCCCACAUUUGCAAGCUAAUGAAGAUAUGCAUGAACGAAGACCCAGCGAAGAGGCCUAAGUUUGACAUGAUUGUGCCAAUUCUAGAAAAAAUGCAGGACAAGUGAAAAACCUCAUCUCCCCUAUACUGGACAGAUGAAUUACUGGAUAUCUUCCCCCAGAUAUCUCUCUGAUAUGGUGGUGUGGUGCUUACCAGUAUUGCCUUAAACUCUACUCUCUACUGCUGCAUUCAACACCACUGUAGCUUUGCCUUCUGAGAUGAAUCCAGCAGCAGUCACUUCUUUUAUAUUGUGUUUGUUUCAAUGUGCUAAUACGUUUUUAUCAGUGUCCUCAUCUUUGUCACUGAUCCGCUGAUGCUGUCUUUGCAGGAGCUUAAUAUUGACUGUUCAUCUUCUAAUCUGUAAUCAUGUGGACUGAGUACAAUCUUCUUUAAGUGACUGAAUAACCUGUGGAGGUCAGCAUGACAGUCUGCUGCAUUUCCUCAGUGGAUUUAAGGCCUUAUUUUUAUAGUUUUAGAGUUUUAAAGGUAACUGCUCCUUUAGAAUAAAAAACAACAAACCAUAUUAACCAAAAGCUUGUCUUGUGGGAAACUAAGCAUUUAAACAUGAAACUACCGAGAAAAUGUAUAUGAAUUAGUGAAUGAGCCCGUGAGAGUGCGUACUGCAGCAGGGUUGUGCCAUUCAGCUUGGCUGACAUAGUGAUGUGUAGAGCUUGGCCUGUGUUGAGCAUUGGACCCUGACUGUAUCCUGUUCAAAACUGGCCUUUGUUUUGUUUUGUUUUUGUUUUUUCAGUGCAGCAAAAAGUAUUGAUUAUUGCUAUGGGAAGAUGACCUUUAAGAUGCAUUGCAAAUUUGCUGAUUUUCUUUUGUUAAUUACUAUAAUGUAACUUAAUUAACUGGAUUACUCAAAGCUACUACUGUAAUCUAGUUCAUUUUCAUUAUUUUCCCUUCAAAGGUUUUAACCUAAGUUUUAUCAUGAUUUGAAGUCUGCUACCUAUACUAUUAAACAAAGAGUAUAGUCAUCCUGUUUCAAGAUGUCAGUAAGUAUUUGUGCUUCACUCAAGUGUUAUUUUCAUAUCAUUUUUAUGUUGAAUACUUGUAGAAUCAGGAAAGAAAACUGCAACCCAGACUGUCAUCUAUUCGUGGAUAUCUUAGGUACAGGUGUUGUUUUGUUGUGGAGCAUGUGGUCUGCCUUUCCUCCCACUUGUAUGGCUACAUCAGAAGCUAUUGCCACAGAAGGUGACCAGGACAUUAAGGGGUGGUAUUAACAUCCUGCUAAACCAUUGCAUUGUUUUCUCACUUGUUUUUAUUAUUUUGGGGCUUUGGAUUACUUCAGACUUUAUAUCAAUCUCAUGGGUUGUUUCUUCUACCUGCAUCAUUUCUGUGCCUCCACCAGCUUGCUUGUUUGUGCUGAAUCACAGGUUGAAGCCAAAAUUAAAAAUGACUUAUACAAAUGUAUGUAUUUAUAUAUAAGUAUAUUAAAAAGGAAAAAUAUGGGAAACUUGAA